GGGAAAGCCAGUUUGUUGGACGUGCGCGUAGACCGGUUUCAAGACGCCAUCUUGUCAGCGGGCGAGGGGGAAGUGUCUCACAGAUUUUCCCCUCGCUUUCCCUCUAGAGCCGGUCAAAACCUUUUGAUUCUUGUCAGAAUAGUUAGGUUAGAGUGUACAGCACCCGAAGAUGGCGGACGCAGUGGUGGAAGAGUACGAGUCGUCCCUGGCUGACCUGACUUUCAACAGCAAGCCCCACAUCAACAUGCUGACGAUGCUGGCCGAGGAAAACGUGAAAUAUGCGCCACACAUUGUCAGGCUUAUAGAGGCACAGUUGAACAAGGCCACGUCAUCGGAGAAGCUGCCUGUAAUGUACUUGAUGGAUUCCAUUGUUAAGAACGUUGGAGGCGACUACUGUACCCUCUUCUCGCAGAAUAUCGUUUCAACAUUUUGUAAUAUCUUUGAGCAGGUUGAUGAGAAAACACGAAUGUCCUUGUAUAAGUUGCGCUCCACUUGGGACACUAUCUUCACGUCAAAGAAGUUGUAUGCGUUAGACAGUCGUGUACAAGGUAUUGACCCUGCCUGGCCCGUAAAACCGUUGCCAGCAGAGAUGCAAGUGUCCACAAGUAUACAUGUCAACCCAAAAUUUCUCAAGAAGCAAGAGUCAGACACCGCUGCCAUGCAGCAGCAACUCCAGGAGCAACAAGAACAGCUGCUGCGCGAACAGCUCAUCGCCAAGCAGCAGGAACUACUGAAGAUGCAGCAAGCCAGGCUGGAGAUGGAGCUCCUACAGACCAGGGCCAAGCUGGACGAGCAAACCAAGACUCUACACACACGUCCACAGGUAACCCCCCAGCCUGCUGUGCCGUUGCCAAGCUUCUCACAGGUUGCUACUUCUCUGCCAACUACCUCAGUCCCCACGUCAGCAGCUAGAGAUCCCCGGUUGGCCAGUCGAGAUCCCCGGCUCGCAAGGCAGCCAGCCAGUCAGCCAGCUUCAACAAUGCCACAGUACAACACUGGGGCUUUCCCAAGCACUUCAAUGGCUGCACAGUCCUGGUUGGCUUCAGGAACGCAUUCUCCCGUGCCACAACCGCUGGUAGGGGGUGCAGGCCCUUUAGCAGAAAGAAUAUCAGCCAACCAGCAAAAACGUGGUGGGGAGCCCAUAAUUGUACCAGUAGCACAACCUGCAUUAGAUGAAACAAGCAGCACUGAGAAGAAGCCAGCUCAGCAGAAAGUUCAGAAACCACAGGAGAAAGCCAAAACCAAGACAGAGACGAAAGUUUCAUCACCAAAGAAGAGUUCCACAAGUGCAAAAGACCAGAAAGGUAAAGACACAAAAUCUAAGGACAACAAAGACAAAACCAAGAAAGACGACUCCAAGAGCAAGCCUGCUGCAAAGACAGAAAAGAAAGAUGACAAAAAGAAAGACGAAAAGAAACCUGAUCCCAAAAGCACCCGAGGAAAACGUAAUUACAGGACCCGUAGAAGCGACGAAGAUAACAAAGAUGACAAAGACAGCAAGUCCAGGGACUCUAAGGAUAAGAAGGAUGAACAGAAGUCUAGAAACGAGAAGACCAGGACUAGCAGUGGCAGCUCAAGUAGCAGGCGUGGUUCAAGGUCAUCCCCCGAUCGUUCCACUCGUCGGAGGUCAACUUCAAAAAGUAGCUCCCACUCUCCAAGAGCUAAGUCAAGGUCGCGGUCCCCAGUUCGAAGGCACAGCAGUCGGUCAAUAUCGCCCAAGGAGCGCCGGUCAAGCCGGUCCGGAAGACAGGAUAGAACGCCUCCAAGGUCAAGCAGGACUACCCAUGAGUCAUCCAAAGACAAGGAUGACAAAGCCAAGGCAAAGACCAGCGACACGAAGUCCAAGGCUGGUACCAAGCGAAGCAUGGAGAAAGAAAACAAAAGCAAGAUCAAGAAGGAGCCGCAGGAAGCAAAACCAGGAAACAAAUAUGAACAAAGUCAGGACUAUGGUAUUGGCAGUCCAAAGUUUUCCCCAGAACCAGAAUCGGAUGCUGAAGAACCUGUACCCAAGAGAUUCCGCUUGGCUGAUCGGGACUUCCCAAGGUGUAAGAGGCGGACGGAUGGGUAGAGGCAGGGGGAGGGGACUCCUCCCCACCCCACCAUCCCCAUGGGCAGAGCUGAAGCGUCAGCCCUCUGUCGAAGCGAAGUCCCCUUGGGCAGAGUACAAGAAAAGCCAUCCCAGCGAGCGAGAUUUCCAGUUCCCCGUGAAGGAAGAAAAAGAUGGGGCCAGCGAUCAGGCGCAGCAGGCCUACUUAGAACACAGAAAGAAGCUUGAAGAAAGAAAGUCAUACUUGGAACACAAGAACAAGCUAAGAAAGACACCUUUGUAUCUUGAGAGGAGACAGGAUUACCCAUUCAGGGAUUUCCCAAUGGAUGUUGAUGAGCGACAAGGUGCAGCAGGACAUGGUAGAGGAAGGGAAGGCGUAGGGUUUGAAGGAAUGCACCGAAGAGCGCUGUUGCCAUACUUGGGACAGCAAGACGGUUCUCCAAGGCCUUCGGAUGACGGGAGGAGAGAGGAUCCACGACUCCGCAGGGCGGAUGACAGAGGAGCACCAGACUUCAGGGGCGAAGAGGACAGGAGAAGAUGGGAAGAGUGGAAGAAGUUUGACGACCAAGUUUGCAAGCAGUGGAACUUCGAGUACAGGAAGUGGGAGGAGGAGAUUAAGAAAUGGGAAGACAGCGGGAGACAGGGUGCCCGCCCGCUAGCUCCGCACGAGGUGUACGGCCGAGGCAAGCAGGAGUUUGAUCCCAAGAAGGAGGAAGAGUACAGGAGGUGGCAGGACGACAUCCGUCGGUGGGAGCAAGAUGGAAGGAAUGGUCCUCCUCCCCCUGCCCCACAGGAAAGUCUGCCCCUGGGUCCCGAGCUCUUAGAAAGGCUGGAGAACGAUCGUCGGCAGUGGGCGGAGGAGCGUGCCAAAUUCCUGAAGGAGCUUAACAUUUGGGAGCAAAAGAUGGAGCGCUGGAAAAAGUUUGGGAAUGGGCCUCCCCCACAACGACCCCAGGAGCCUGAGCAUCGUGGUCUACCUGUGGACAGAAGGUGGGAGGAGGACCGCCAGAGAUUUGAAAAUGAGCUGAGGAAGUGGGAUGCAGAUAUGGCAAUGUGGGAGAAGAAUGGCAGAAGAGGAGCCCCUCCUCUCCGUCCUAAGGAACCCAGUCUGCCCACAUCAACACCUGUCGUCUUCAUGGAGAGACAAGGGUUCCCACCUGACAGUCAGUUUGACAGACCGUCCAGGACUUGGGAGGAGGAUCAUCGCAGGUGGGAAGAAGACAUGUGCAGGUGGGAGCAAGGAGGACGAAAGGGCCAACCGCCACAAGAGCCACUACGUCCCCCUCAGUUUGAUCAGCCAAACCAAAGGUUAGAGGACCAUCGUAGACGGGAACACGAGGGGAGGAAAGGCCAGUUCGAGAGGUGGCAAGAUGAUCAUCGGAGAUGGGAAGAAGACAUGCGCAGAUGGGAGCAGGAUGGAAGAAAGGGGCAGCCCCCACAGGAGCCCCUACCGCCACUUCAGUUUGACAAAGCCGAACUGGAAGCAGAGCACAGAAGAUGGCACGAGAGCCGUGGACGGUUCGAGGCCGAACUGAAGAAGUGGGAAGAGAAUGGAAGGAGGGCUCCCCCUCCACCCUCACACAUGGAUAUGCCGCCUCCCCUCGGGCCCGAGAUGCCGGAGGUGGCGCGUAAGCAGUGGACGCUGGACUGCCAACACUGGCAAGACCAGAUGCGAGGUUGGGAACAAGGUGGCAGGCAAGGGCCGCCCCCCUCCCCUCCCUACCACCUGCUGUCCCAGGCCCUGGAGAUAAACGACGCUGCCCGCCGACAGUGGGAGGAGGACCACAGGAGAUGGGAAGAAGACAUGAAGAGAUGGGAAGCAGAUGGCAGAAGAGGGUUACCUCCACAGGAGCCGGUGAUGCAGAUGCCUGGAGCUCAGCAGCACUUGUCAGCAUUGCAGAAACCUGAGCCUGAGUGGAGAGAGUUUGAGGACAAGCGGCGGCAGUGGGAAGAAGAGAUGCGCAGAUGGGAAGCAGGAGGGCGGAGAGGUGCUCCUCCUGCAGAGCCCGUUCCCCCUCGUGUGCAAUCCCCCGGGAUCCAGAACCGUAACUCUCAGUGGGAGGAAGACCAUCGCAAGUGGCAAGACGAUAUGAAGAGGUGGGAACUGGAUGGGAGAAGAGGCCUACCUCCUAUUGAACCCAUACAUCCUUCAAACCAAGGCCAGCAAGGCCCUGCAGCUGCUCAAAGAGAAUGGGAGCAAAGACAUCGUCGGUGGCAGGAGGAUAUGAGGAGAUGGGAGGCUGACGGCAGGAGAGAGAUGCCUCCCCCUGAACCCCAACCACCACGGCUAGAGGAAGAUCCACGUCGCGAGGUCGCCCUGAGGGAGUGGGAGUCCAACUGUCGUCAGUGGGAGGAAGACAUGAGGAGAUGGGAGGAGGGCGGCAAACGAGGAGCGCAGCCAAUCAAACCCAUCCUGCACCUUCCCCAGGCAAAUGUGGCGCUCAUCGAGUGGGAAGCCCAGCACCGUCGGUGGAAGGAAGACAUGCAGAGGUGGGAGAUGGACGGCAGGAGGGGAGUCCCGCCAACGGAGCCCCUCCGCCCGCCUGCUCCAGACCAUCACCCGGAUAAUUCCCAUCAGACAUUUCAGGACAGGCACCGCAUGUGGGAGCAAGAUAUGGACAGGUGGGAAAAAGGUGGGCGCAAGGGCCAAGCUCCUCUUGAGCCUUUACCACCCCUCCCUCCCAAGAACGUUCUUUCUGAAGAGGAGAGGAAGAAACUGGAUGAAGAGCACCACAUGUGGGAGGAGGCCAUGACAAGAUGGGUGGAGGGUGGCCGGAUGGGCCCCCCACCCCCAGCCCCAGGGGAACAGGAAGAAGUCCCACGGCCACUGAUCCCUGGGCUGUCUGGAGCUAGGAUGGGAGGUCCUAGAAUGGAUGGACCUGGUCCUGGACCUAGAAUGGAUGGUCUUGGACCUAGAAUGGAUGGUCCUGGACCUAGAAUGGACGGUCAUGGUCCCAGAAUGGAUGGUCCUGGGCCAAGAAUGGAUGGACCUGGUCCUGGACCGAGAAUGGAUGGACCUGGUCCUGGACCAAGAAUGGAUGGACCUGGUCCUUUGCCAAGAAUGGAUGGACCUGGACAUCGUAUGGAUGGCCCAGGACACAGGAUGCCAGGACCCGGGUUCAGAAUGGACGGCCCCAUGCAGAGGCCCGGACAGUUUGGAAUGAUGCAGCCAGGACUGGUGUCAUCAGCUGCUGGGCCCAUCAUGUCAGGACCUGGACCGAUCAUGUCUGGACCGAUGGGCGGCAUGCCGUUCUCCGGACCCGGUCCCGCUAAUGUCUUCGGUAACAUGGUGAUGGGAGUGGCAACAACGAUGCAGCUUGCCAUGGGAGGGAUGGGGAUGACAGGGCAGCCCAUGCAGGGACGUCCCCCCAUGCAGCCGAUGCCGGGACCGUCCCACAUGAGCAUGGGACCCAUGCCGGGGAUCCCCGUCCAUCAUCCACCCAUGGGAUUCGGGAUGGCACCACCACCAGCACCAGGUCCCUCUCUACAGCCAGCAAAACUGGAUGUCAACCAACUGUUCGAGAAGCUGCUAAAGACAGGGAUCAUCAAGAAGGUUGAUGAGAAGAAAGAAGAGCCAAAGGUGGAGGAGAAGACAGUAGAAGCUAAGAAGGAGGAGAAGACUCGGGUUGUUGUGCCUCUUGAGGAAAGGAUGGAGGAGGAUGAGCCCCGAGCUGAGCUGAAACUGGACACCACUGUGCCUCCUCUAACACUGAGAGUGGAAGAUCUCAAAACGCGGCAUAAGGGAGUGAUCAACCGCCUGUACUGUGGGAUCCAGUGUUCCUCCUGUGGUAGCAGGUUCCUUCCCGAGGAGACGGACAAGUACGCCAACCAUCUGGACUGGCACUUCCGCAUGAACCGCAGGGAGAAGGAGGGCACCGGCAAGGCCUCGCACAGGGACUGGUACUAUGGGGUUGAUGACUGGAUAGCCUAUGCAGAGCUUGGAGAUGACGAAGAAGUACAAGAAUCAGCCUUCUUUGAGCAACCCGUUCUUCCUACCAGUGAGCCAGGAGAGGUGAUCAGCUGUCCUGUCUGUACAGAUGAAGAAAAUGAUGACAUCUGUGACAUCUGCCAGGAACCGUUUGAGCAGUUCUGGGAUGAGGAUGAGGAGGCGUGGCACCUGAAGGAUGCAGUCAGGGUGAACGGCAAGACAUACCAUCCAAAUUGCUACGAGGAUUAUGACGAGAGUUUCCUGGAGACCCCAACCCCUGCAGACGCACCCAAGGAAUCCCCACUCGAAGCCCAAAUCAAAAUGGAAACUAACGCAGAGGAAGCAGUGCAGGUGAAAGAAGAACCCAUGGACACAGCAGAAGAAGAAGAGAAGCCGUCAACGUCAGCAAUGCAGCCACUCUCAACUAUCAAAGAAAUCCCCUUCCUGAGCGAGGAAGCUAAAGAACAGACAAACAUCAAAGAGGAAGUUAGCGAGAACAUGGAAGUGGGAGAAACUGAACAGGUUAAAACAGAGACACCUGACAUAGAAGUGAAAGAAGAGCCUAAGUCACCAUUAGGUAAUCAGUGUGAGGCAAUGGUACCAGCACAAGUAGAUAAUGUUACUAUAAAACAGGAACCAGAGGAAGAGAAUGGUCCAGCUCAACCUGAUAAUGAUAAUGAACAAACGACUGAUCAGAUAGCUGUAAAGCAAGAGGUUGUUGAUAACCCAGUCAAGACUGAACCUCCUACACCAGUGUCUGUUAAAAAAGAAGUGGAGGAAGAAAAUGUUUCAACAGCUGUUAAAGAAGAGAGUGUUACAGAAAAUGUAAAGGUAGAAAGGGUAUCUCCAAGUCCCAUGGAGGUGCCACUGGUUGAACCUAAAGUGGAGCAAGUUGAUGAGAAUAGGGGACAAGCUAUUAGCACAAUUGGGGGUGGGACAAAGAUCCCAGUGGUGGGGGGUGCCAGCCCCUUGCGGGGGUCGGCCAUUUCUGUAGUUGGAGGAGGCAGCAGCCCUGCAAGGUUUCGGAGUAACAGCCCAAUGCGGUCAAUACCGGUGAUCGGGGCAAGUAGUAGUCCAAACAGGACUGGUCAGUCUACGGCCAAAUCAGAAACUGCCCAGAAGCCCAAAACGGGGUCGUUCUUUAAGCUAGAUCCAUCUGCAAAAACCAAGUAAGGUGUUACAAAACGUAAUAUUCUGAGCUGUUACACUAUUUUAUGAUAUUCUAUGCUGCACUACAAAAUGCUGUUGUCGUGAACAUUUGUAUUCUUGCUGCAAAGAAGUUAGAUGCUUUUGCUUUCUGUUGUAUUUGAGAUUUGAACGACAAAACUUAUGCCCUGUCAUAGAAUUUCGUGCCAAAUUCUUAAGAGUAGACAUGAUGUUGACACUUACUUUGCAUCAUAUGUUGUAUCCGUAUAAAUAUAUAUAUUAAGCACAUUGUACAUAUAGAGUAUCUAUGUAGCUAUCGUUAACUAUCAUCAAUGAGUUUGUUUUUACAUAGCUACAUGAUAAGGGAAAACUGGACCAGAUUUUUGUAAUUUGUUACUAUCGUCUUGGUUAUGAAAAUGAUGAUGGACUUAUUAAUGUACAAAGCCAGCAAUGAAAGAGGACGCUUGUACAAAGUGUGAUCGGAGGCUUGUAUAAAGUGUGCUCCGUGUUGAAUACAGUCGUGUUACUGGAUAUGGUACACACUUUGUGAUACAUUUUGUUUCAAUGUUUAACGCACUAAGUACACUUGGCCAUCCUUGGCCACAAAAAAACUGUAAUACUGUUAUGUAGUUUGUUAGGACUUCCAAAGAUAUAGACUGAACUAUAGUUCUCGCAAUUUCUGUUAAUGAUUUGAUUUGAUGGUAAAUGCUUCAAUUCACUUUGUGGGUUUUCUCUCGCAGUUUGCUUAUGUGUAUAAAGUGCAAUUUUGACGAAGUAUCAUACAUAUUUUGAUGGAUGCCAUAUAUACUUAUGUUGUACAGUUUUUGUGAAGGAAGGAAUUGAACCAGGUUAGUGGAGAAUGAAUAAAGAUUCGUAUGAUUUGCAAA